GUAUUGAUGAUUGUAUUUCGAGAUAGAAUACUACAAAUUGAAUACAUGAAGGAGAUAAGGAAAAGAAGAGGAAAAAAACGCAAAUUAGAAAUCUCGAUAAAGAAAAUUUAGUUUUAUCUGAUCUAUCUGGUGCAAAGUUAUUUUUCUUUUGAGGAUUUCUUUUUUUUCUUUUGGCUUUUCUUUCUGUUUAUUGCGUCAAAUUGUCGUAGACUAAACAGGAAAUAUUUUGGUACUGUUUGGUAAUGCCUAAAAACAAGGAAGGUUUUCCACACCUUUUUUGUUUUUAGGCCUAAAAUGCAGUAUAUGGGUUUAAAAGGUUGUAAAAAAAUAAAUAAUAAUAAUAAUAAUAAUAAUAAUAAUAAUAAUAAUAAUAAUUGGAGUUGGGGUUUAUACUAUCUUAGUUUUUCAGAAAAUGUAAAAACAACAACAACAACAACAACAAAUUAAAUUAUAAAAAUAAAUAAAAAAUAAUCUUAUAUAUAAUUAAAAUGAAUGUUAGGCAGAACAUUUUCUUUUUCUAAAUAGGUGAAUAAAAAUCGCACCAAUAUAUUGAUGGUAUAUUUUACGCUUUGGUUCGAAGAAAUCUGUGAAAUAAGGAAUGAAUAAAUAAUGGUUUAUAUGCUGUCGAAAUUUUCGCUAAAAGAAGAUUGUUUUAUGUGUUGAAUAUUUCAUUGCUGUAUACAUCGUAGAAAGAGAAGAAAAUCUUAGUGCAAUUUCAUUUUGAAUACAUUAUGUUGAUUAAUCACAACAUCAACAUUUGGAUGUUAUAGCUGUAGCCGCGUGAAAAGUCUUUUCGAAAAAUGGCGGCGAGCAAUAGUGGAAUUAUCGCGAAAUUUAAUCAGAUUUUUCGUAAAGCCACAUUAAAGAAAAGAGAAGAACUUAUGCAACAAACAUACAAUAUUCGUGUUGAUACUUUAACUGAAGAGCAAAUAUCAGAUUUUAAAGACGCAUUUGCCCUCUUCGACAAAGACGGUGAUGGUACUAUCACUACAAAAGAACUUGGUACCGUUAUGAGAAGUCUGGGACAAAAUCCAACAGAAGCAGAGCUUGAAGACAUGAUCAAUGAAGUUGAUAUGGAUGGAUCCGGUACGAUAGAGUUUCCUGAAUUCAUCACCAUGAUGGCGCGAAAGUUAAAAGAUUCAGAAGACGACAUACAAGAAGCAUUUCGCGUGUUUGAUCAAAGUGGAAAAGGUUUAAUCAGCGCGCAUGAGUUGCGUAGAGUUAUGAAUGGUCUCGGAGAGUGUUUGUCACAGGAAGAAAUCGAAGAUAUCAUGAAGCAAGUAGAUUCUGAUGGUGACGGCAUGGUCAAUUAUUCUGAGUUCGUAGAAAUGAUGACGUCAAAAUAGAAUCAGAAAAUUAAAUUGCGCUGUUAGAUGACGCGCAAAAGAUUUAUCUGGAACGGGAUGAAACAAACUGGUUGGCUUAAAAAAGAAAUUUUGUACAACCUUUAUAUCGACUCAUUAAAAAUUAUAACUUAAAAGAACAAUAUAAAGAGACGUAUUUAUUAAAGAAACUACCAGUUUUUGCUACAAAACUGGUUCGCGUUGAAAAGUUAAAGGCGUUGAAGUUGUAUAGCCAUAUAUAAAGGAAAUUUGUACUUUUGUUAAUAUUAAACGCAUUUUAAAAAAUACAUGACUUUUCAGUUCCA